CAAGUAACUCAAUCCGCGUCAUUCAAUCUAAUUGGUUCAUUCUGUUCCCAUCUCACAAUAUAAAAACCUCGCUUCAUUCUCUUCCAAAUCCAUACUCAGAUUUUCCUCUGCAUUCUUUCCCGAUCCAAAUUUUCUUUAAUCUUCAGUUUUCGUAAACUUUAUCGAUCAAUGGCAGGUCGAGGCAAAACCUUAGGAUCCAGUGGUGCUGCCAAGAAGGCUACGUCAAGGAGCAGCAAGGCCGGCCUUCAAUUUCCCGUUGGCCGUAUUGCUCGUUUCCUUAAGGCCGGAAAGUAUGCCGAACGUGUUGGUGCCGGUGCUCCUGUGUAUCUUGCCGCUGUCCUUGAAUAUCUUGCUGCUGAGGUUUUGGAAUUGGCUGGAAAUGCUGCAAGGGACAACAAGAAGACUAGAAUUGUGCCAAGACAUAUUCAAUUGGCUGUUAGGAAUGAUGAAGAAUUGAGCAAGCUUCUCGGUGAUGUUACCAUUGCUAACGGUGGUGUUAUGCCCAAUAUUCACAACCUGUUGCUCCCAAAGAAGGCUGGUACCUCCAAGGGUGCUGCUGCUGAUGAAGAAUGAAUCAUUAAUGGAACUUUAGUUUUGAAGGACCGUUUUGAAUUUAAGUUAUUUAAUUGUAUCUGGUUUUGGAUAAAGAACAGAUCUUGAACUUUGUAGUUCUAGUUAGGGUUUUUUUAGUUUAUGAUGUGGAUAUAUUGAUCUAAUGCUGUUCCUUAUGAAGUUAUUGAAAAUUCAUAUAAUUUCUCAUAUUUAAUGUCA